AUAUUUAAGCGUUGUUUAUUGGCGAAAUUUUAAGGACAUCUCAACUGCUCAGAUAUAGUUAAAACACUGGUCAUUGGUCUGAUGUUUUAAGCAGAAUUCACAAGACUUUAUUCUCAAAGUAGAUAUCAAAUUACCAGAUUCACAUGCAGUUUUUUUUGAGAUCAAUAGACAAACUGACAUCAAACAAAUAAUUCUAAAGACAUUUGUUUAAGGACAAUUUGGAUAUUUACAAUAAAUGUAACCUAUAAACAGUGUUACAAGAAAAUACUGUACUUGUUUAUUAACAAAGAUGUUAUCUACGAUUGUAAAAGAACAUCAGAGUAAACAAGCGGCAAGAAAAGAGAGGCAAGAGCAAAAAAGAAGAGAAGCUGUGCAAGCUGCGAGUAAUUUGACACAAGCUUUAGUUGAUCAUUUAAACGUAGGAGUGGCCCAAGCAUAUCUGAAUCAGAAGAAAUUGGAUGCAGAAGCAAAGCAGUUGCAACAUAGUGCAACAAAUUUUGCCAAACAGACACAAUCUUGGCUAAACCUGGUGGAAUCUUUUUCAAGUGCAUUGAAAGAAAUUGGUGAUGCAGAAAAUUGGGCACGCAGUAUUGAAGGAGACAUGAGGACCAUAGCAACUGCUUUAGAAUAUUCUUACAAAGCAACUCAAGAAACUCAAGGAACUAGUGCUACAUAAACAUAUCUGAAGGAUCCAAAAUAAAAC